AGAGGCUUGCUUUUUGGGCCUUUUAACCCAAACUCUGCAAAGCACUGCCCCGGGGUGUUUUAUCCUCUUGCAACACUACCCGCCCUGACGAGAAGACGUUGUGCUGUGUUUGUCCCGGACCGCCCGUACUGUACCUGUUCGCUGACAGCGCUCGGCAAACGUACAUCAUCGCCGGAUCCUUGGUUCCAGAACCGUGACGCUCAAACGCAUUUCAGGCUUGCCUUGACAUUUCGUUGCUCUACUACCGUUGUAGUUUUCUUCUUGUUCUCUUCUUUUCCUCUUUGUAUAUUCUACCUAUAGAACGCUAGACAUAGAUCGGUGCAAUGGAUACGCUAUUGACAGCAGAGAUCUACGCAAACUCGCCCCGCUUCCGGCGGCGGUCGAGCACUUUUGUCGAUGCAAUCCACGAUCUACCCGAGAGGGAGGAGAUGGCGCCCGCUCAGUUGUACAGUACUGAGUCUGGGCGCCUCUUCCACUCUGGACGCAUCGUCAUUGCUACUGUUGGUCUACCAGCUCGGGGCAAGACGCACACAUCCGUUGCCGUAGCUCGCUACCUGCGAUGGCUUGGUGUCAAGACUCACGUGUUUCAUCUCGGCGAUUACCGUCGCGCUACGCUUGGCCCUGGCAAAGAUGUCCCAGACGACUACUUCUUCUUGAACGCCUCUCCCCAGUCUGUCUUGUUGCGAAACAAGAUAUUGAAGAAAUGCCGCGAAGACAUCUACCAUUUUCUGGAGCACGACAAGGGGCAAGUGGCCAUCUACGACGCUGUGAAUGCCAUCACCCAAGGUCGAAGGUCACUGGCCAAGGAGUUUGCGAAGAACGGCAUCCAGACCGUCUUCAUCGAAUCGCACUGCACAGAUGAGCGUAUUAUCCAGGAGAACGUUCGUCGCGUCAAAAUCUCGUCACCAGACUAUCAAGGCUGGAAGGAUGAAGAUGCGGUUCAGGACUAUCUUGCACGGAUCAAUUCGAGGAUACCGCACUACGAAACCAUGGAAGAGCCGGACCUGCACUGGAUCAAGAUGAUCAAUGCCGGCGAGCGAGUAGUGGUGAACAAUUGCGCGUUUGGAUACCUCUCGCAGCGAAUCGUAUUCUACCUGCUGAACCUGCACAUCAAGUCGCGGCAAACCUACUUUGCCCGUGCUGGUACGACGCGAGAGGAGGACUCGUACAAGGCUGAUGCAUCUCUCUCACCCGAGGGUCAUGAUUAUGCCAAGCAGAUGAGCGAAGUGCUUCUACGGUACCGUGAGCAAGAGAAGCAGAAACUAGUCGAGUCAGGAGCGCCGGACGCUGCCUUGAAACCAUUGACCAUCUGGACCUCGACGCGACGACGUACUGUGCAGACGUCGGAGUACUUGGCGUCGAUGGGGUACCGGGUCAGACAGCGAUCGCAGAUGAGCCAGAUGAAUCCUGGAGUGUGUGAGAAGAUGUCCGAGGCAAAGAUCCGAGAAGAGUUACCAGGCGAAGUCACAAAGCAUGAAGCAGACCCGUACCAUCACCGUUAUCCGCGAGCAGAGUCCUACCACGAUCUCGCAGUCCGCAUGGAACCCAUCAUCCUCGAGCUCGAGCGUGAAGAAAACGACCUCCUCAUCAUCGCCCACGAGUCCGUGCUACGCGUGCUCUACGGCUACCUCAUGGCCUGCAACGCAGCCGACAUUCCCAAACUCGAGUUCCCCCGGGACGAAAUCAUCGAAAUCAUCCCCUCGUCGUACAACAACGUAGCCAAACGCAUCAAAAUCCCCAACCUGCCAGACUCGAUGGUCCCCGGCAGUCCGCAAGACAUCAAAAUGCCCGUCCCGCCCAGCGGCGCAGUGAGUCCCUUUUCCGGCGUCGGCACCCCUCAGACGGGUGGCUCGUCGGGGGCCGCGACACCCCAACAUUCUACUACUGCUACUACUGCUGCUGCUUCUGCUGCUACUCCCCAGCCGCUGAAUCUCAAGAAGACGCAUAUUAACCCGUCUGACUGAUCAGGGCCAGGUGCGUGUGCGCUAUCGCUGUCGCUAUGGCGAGACGUGGGAUAACGAGCGGGCGAGUCAGCAGACGGAGUGGGAUUCGGGCUUGGACGAUUGACGGUUCUUGAUGUUGGGGACGACAUGAUGGCAUGGUGCUUUCUAUGAUGAGCAUGUUCACUUUCGCUUUCGCUUUCACUUUCGUACACGACGGGAUGAGAUGGCUGGGUUCGGUGGGUGGGGGUUUUCUUCUUAGUGUGCUACAGCAUGGGCGUUAUGGAGUAGACUUGGAGAGCAUGGCGGCGGGCUAUGUAUGAUAUUGCUAUACACAUGAUAUCCUGCUUGAUCUCUUGUUCAUCAUAUUCUAGUUUCGUCCAUAAUCUUUCUAGCAUGGCAU